AUGGCUGAUCCUGUUUCGAUCAUCUCACUAGUGGACCUCUGUCUGAAAUACGGUACCAUUUUCGUUCAGAGAUGCUCUGCAUUCCGACACGCUCAUACUGAGUUCAAUGAGCGAAGAAUUCGAAUUGAGAACUACUGGCUCCGAACCAAAAUCCAAUUGGAGGUGCUGUCGAAGGCCGCCAAAUCCGGUUCUCUUGGUGAGGAGUUUUGCGCCAUUCAACACGAGACAUUGCAGCUCCUUCGUUCAAAGCUCAGUGUAGCGGUUGAUAAUAUUGAAUCGGUCUUGAAGAAAAUUGGCCCCGAGAAUGACCAAGUCCGGGUACAGCGCUUGAAGUACGCCUUGGUUCAGCAGAAGAUCGACAAGUCUAUCCAGGAGCUGGAGCUUUGGCAGCAGAUCUUUGAUCCAUCGUGGUAUAUGAUACUGAAAGCUGCAACACCUCAAAUAGACGACGCUCUAGAUUCGUAUCGGAAUGCUUCAUCAGAGGCCGUCAGUGCGCCGGUAUCAUCAGCUCAGUCAUUGAGAACUGCGCUUGAUCCUGCUCGAUCGAGCAAAACACCCAUCUGGUUGUCGGAGGAUGGACUGGAGAAUCUUCGCUUUGAGCAUAUACCCUUAUCCUCAGCAAAGGAGGGUAGAAGGGAUAAUACAGAAAAUUCACUCAUCAUCGAAACCAUUCAACCCAUCCCAGGAGCUAACGCCAAAAGAUUCGAGAGAGACAUCAGAGAUCUCGCACGCAAGCUUGCUCAUUCCAACCCACUUGAGUUCGGCCUACUGAAGUGCAAAGGUGUGAUUAGACAUAACAGUGGCUCAGCUGCCAAAGGCGCCCCGGCUUUCACUCUUCGAAGAUCCUUGAGUGACCGCCGCCAACCAGACUCUUUAUCAGAUCGGUUCAAGCUGGCCAGGGACUUGGCAAAAUCCGUCGGCUCCAUUCAUACAUUUGGUUUUGUGCACAAGGAUAUCCGCCCAGAAAACAUAUUGAUCAUGACGAAGGAUGCGCCAUCAUCCAGUGCAGCGUUCUUGGUCGGAUUCGACAGCUUCAGAACUGCCGAAGGGAUGACCUUGCGCAAAGGUAAUUUACCUUGGAAAACGUGCCUGUAUCAACAUCCCAGUCGCAUGGGCUCGGCUCCAACGGAAGACUAUAUCAUGCAGCAUGAUAUUUACAGUCUGGGAGUCUGCCUACUGGAGAUAGGGUUAUGGGAGAAUUUUGUGGACUAUAACUCUGAGAAUAUAUUUGUCGGAGACGAUGGUAGCCCUAUGGGCGAAUCUCGAUCCGACUUUCUCGGAGCAGACCUUGAGAUAUCGUCUUUUAAAGAUCGACUUCUCUUCCUGGCGCGUGGGGAACUGAAGGCUAGAAUGGGAUCCCGCUUUUCAGAGGUAGUAGUGACCUGUUUGACCUGUUUGGACCCUGAUAAUGCCGACUUUGGGGACGAGCGUGAGUUUCAAGAUGCUGAUGGCCUACUGGUUGGAGCUAGGUAUAUCGAGAAGAUCACGAUGCAAAUCAAUAGCAUUUCUGUAUGA